UUUAAUACACACGUUACGUUACAAACUCACGACUAGCUAGGCGGAAUAUAAUACGCACUAUACCAAUAUAUACAUAUGCACACGCCGGAAUAGAACGGUGAAAUGGGUAGAAGUGCAAUUGAAGAAAAAACAUAUGCAAAGGCAGCUUGGAACAUAGCAAUCACCCUUGGCCAGGGAGAAGAAUUAAUUCUUUAAUCUGAAAAAUAAAACUUUCCAAUCCCUUCUGAGUUCUUAAAAAAUCUAAAAAUUUACAUACAGAAUGCUUGCUUGGGCUAUGUGCUCUUUUUCUAGAUACCAGAAACCAUCUUGGCAAAAGUCUCCGGCCGGAAGGUUUUGGAAGUUGGGAGAGUGAGGAUAGAUAGAUCCGAGAAAGAAGAUCACCGGAUAAAAUAAAGGGGUUGCCCACCGCUGCCGCUGCCGCCUAGAGGAGGAGUGCUGCCGAAUCACAAGGAGUUGCGACUUGUGGGAUGGUGGUUGUCACGUUGGCUCGAUUGCAGCCAGAAAUGAGUUGCCGGAUGGGAACAAGAUAAAUUUUCUAUUUUCAAUGGUAUUUGAUUUCAAUUGCAGAAGUAUAGUGACACGUUUAAUUUUUUGGAAAAAUUGAUUGUAAUAAUACCAACUAUUGGCGGUCUGCUUAUAAUAAUUCCAACUAUCGAUUAUCUCAGAAUAAUCUCAACUUUAGUGACCUUCCGCCAAUAAUGGUCCAUGACCAGAUAUGACCUGCUAUAACAAGUGAAUUUUAAAUAGAAAUAAAGCGUAAAAAUUAAAAGUUGAAUUAUAUAUAGGGAUUAAUUACUAGUUAUAUCUCUUCUCAUCAACUUUAGAAACUAUAGGAAUUUAUUUAUAGCCGGUCCUGUUAGACCAUUAUUGGCGGAAUGUCACUAAAGUUGGGAUUAUUCUGAGAUAAUCGACAGUUGAGAUUAUUAUAAGCGGACCGCCAAUAAUUGGGAUUAUUACGAUCAAUUUUUCCUAAUUUUUGUUAAAAGUUUUGAUUUAAAAAAUGAAUUAAAAUCAUAAUUUGCUGAGUCAUCCUUCUAGGAGGCCUUCUGAAAAUAGACACCCGUGUUGACGGUGUGCCUUCCAGCUCAUCAACACAUUUGAUAUCGACAUUCACGUUGGAGAAUAAAUUUUUACUUCCUCCUCAAUUUUGUUAACGUGGCAGUGCAUAUUUUAGAAUUCAAAGCCCCGUUAAAGAUGCUCUUAUAGGUUGUGUUGUACACAUGUAUAUUGGAAUGCUAAAAACAGCCUACAAACAAGGUAAAACCAUAGCUGAAUUAGAAUUACUCUUGAAUACUAAGUACUGAUAUUUAUCUUAAUCCUAGCUAGCUUACUAACAAACUUUCGUGUCAUAUUAAAUUCACGUUCGUGCUUUUGCAAUAAAGCUUUCAUUUGUUCUCAUCCAGAUGGCUCCUAGCAAGAAAUUGAAGAGUUCGUUUAGUGAUUGAUUCAAUGAAAAAUAUAAGGGUGUGUUGUAAAAAGUUUCAGAUUAAUGAAUUUAUUAUGAUUUUUCAAGAUGACUGAAGAGCAUUUACUACGUAUAAUACAAUUUGAAAGUAGGUUGAAUCGAAUAGAGAUUAGAGACUUAGAGAAACAUUUCAGUUGAAACUCAAACUAAUGAUGAUUGAUGACUUCAGCGCGUAUGUAUGGCUGAAUGGACAACCGUCUUCAGUUGGAAUCCCAACUAGUGAUGGAUGACAUUCAACACUGGAUAUAACCAAAUUUGAAAUAUUAUAAUGCACUGGAUGCAGGCUACUUCAAACCCUUGUAGUUGUAAUCUACUUUUGGAAGAUGCAUGUGAACAUUCUUUUGUUUAGGAAUAAAUAUUGACAUAUUUCAAGCUUAUGCAUAUAUUUUCAUUUUCCAGUAAUUCUAAGUAAAAUUGCUUUGCUUAACAUUUAUGGAAAUUGUCCUAAAUAGGAGUAAAUGAGGUUUGUAAUUCCAAAAUAGGACUACUAUAUUUUUCUUCUCGAAAUAGGAGUUGUUACUGUCAUGUAUGAAAAAUAUUGUCAUGAUUGAAAAUACUGUCAUUUAUUAUAAUAAAUAUUGGCAUGUUAAAUUCAACUAUUUGGCAAUCACGCUACAAGAUGACCCCGAAAGCUAUAGCUAACAGAAUUAAAGCAAAAGGUCUGCAGAAGCUGCGAUGGUAUUGCCAGAUGUGUGAGAAGCAAUGCCGAGACGAGAACGGAUUCAAGUGCCACUGUUUGAGUGAGUCUCAUCAGCGCCAGAUGGAGGUGUUUGGGCAAAACCCUAACCGGAUGGUCAGUGGCUACUCAGAAGAGUUUGAGAGCUCGUUCCUUGAACACAUGAAGAGAAGCCACCGGUUUAGCCGUGUAGCUGCCACAGUUGUGUACAAUGAGUACAUUGCCGACCGACAUCAUAUUCACGUGAAUUCCACCGAGUGGGCAACUUUGACUGAGUUUGUUAAGUAUUUAGGCAGGACUGGGAAAUGUAAAGUUGAGGAGACUCCAAAGGGGUGGUUUUUUACUUAUUAUCAUCAGGACAAGACUGAAAAAGGUAGGGAAGCAAAGUUGGUUGGAGGAAAGGGUAUAUGGUAUUUUCAGGGCAAG